AUGGGAGUUCUAGGUAAGACUAUAGCACAUGUGUAUGUUUUAGAAUUUCAAAAGAGGGGUUUGCCUCAUUGUCAUUUGUUAAUUCAUUUAGAUCCCAAUGACAAACUUAGGGAUGCAUAUGACAUAGACAGUGUUAUUUCAGCAGGAAUUCCUAAUCAACAGGAACACCCUAAGCUGUUUGAAAUUGUACGAUCGUGUAUGAUUCAUGGACCAUGUGGAUAUCUGAAUCCUAAUUCCAGAUUUAUGGAACAUGGUGUUUGCACGAAAAGUUUUCCAAAGAACUUUUUAGCAUCUACGGUAGCUGAAAUCAAUGGAUAUCCAUUAUAUAGACAUCGUAAUAAUGGUAUACAUAUCAAUGUCAAUAAUGUUGACAUAGAUAAUCGCUGGAUUGUUCCAUAUAAUCCAUGGCUUUCCAAGAAAUACAAUGCACAUAUAAACGUGGAGGCUUGCAUGUCUGUUAAAUCUGUUAAAUACCUCUAUAAAUAUAUUUACAAGGGUCAUGAUUGUGCCAACAUUGAGAUCAACGAACGUAUUGAUCAUGAUGCAGUGCAGACAUUUUUAGAUGCGCGGUAUGUCAAUGCACCAGAAGCAAUAUGGCGUCUUUUUGAAUUUAACUUGCGCCAACAAUCUCAUGUUGUCCAUAGAUUACUACUGCACUGGCCAAGUAACCAUAUUGUUUAUUUUCAACAAGGACAGGCUAAAGAGGCUCUGGACAGAGUUGCAGAUCAGGCUACAAAAUUAACAGCUUGGUUUGUGUUAAAUGCAGACAAUCAUGAUGCUCGCCAAUAUAUGUAUCCAGAUAUUCCUCUUCAUUAUGUUUUCAACAAGAAAAAAGUUUGGAAACCAAGACAACGCGGUCAUGGUAAGAUCGUAUCCCGAAUGUAUAGCGUAAGUGCUCGCGUAGGUGAACUUCUUUAUUUGCGUAUGUUCCUAUUGCAUAAACCUGCUGCAACUUCUUUUGAAGAUUUACGAACUGUCAAUGGCAAUGUUCCUGAGACAUUUCGUGACGCCUGUUUAUUGCGUGAACUCCUGCAAGAUGAUAUUGAAUGGAACAGUACUUGGCAGGAAGCUGUUAACUUUUAG